AGACGGGUCGGACUGAUACUUGUGGGAUACACAUGCAUGAUGAUAAACCUGAGUCCCUCUUCAGAGAAGCGGUGUGACAAUGAGCACAGGGACAGGCCCUUCGUCCCACCACACCUGUGCCGACCACGACGCCAAUUUUAACUAACCCAGUGACGUGAAAUGAAGAAGUGUUGUUGAUAGUGAAGAAGAUUCUCGUAGGUCACGUGGAUCUCGAUCAGUUGGGGAAGUGGGCUGAGGAGUGGCAGAUGGAUUUCAACACAGAAAUGUCAGGUUGACUGCUGGUGCUGGCUUCAGCCGUCUGCCCCGGACCCACGAUGAGGCUGGCAGGGCCUCUGCGGAUCGUGAUCCUCGUGCUGUCGCUGGGACUCCUCUGGGUGCUGGGCAGCCUGCUGUCGGGCCAGGGCAGCACCUUUAACAGACUUCGCCAGCUGCUGAGUGGUCCCCAGGAGCUGCCGACUGCGGAGUCCAAGCCCCGGAGGUACAAGUGUGGUUUACCGAUGCCUUGUCCGGAGAAACACUUUGCCUUUCGUAUCGUCAGCGGGGCCGCCAACGUCAUCGGACCCAAGUUCUGUAUGGAGGACCAAGUGUUCAUGAGCAGCGUGAAGAACAACGUGGGGCGUGGCCUUAACAUUGCGCUGGUUAACGGAGUCACCGGCCAGCUGAUGGACACCAAGUACUUCGACAUGUGGGCUGGAGACACUGGAAUUAACGAGCUGUUGAAGUUCCUGAGGCCGAUCUAUGACGGGACCCUGGUGUUCGUGGCUUCCUACGAUGAUCCCGCCACAAAGAUGAACGAGGAAGCGAGGAAGAUCUUUAACGAGCUGGGCAGCAAGGCCGUCAACGUGCUUGGCUUCCGUGACAGCUGGGUCUUCGUGGGUGCCAAGGGCAUCGAUAACAAGAGUCCCUUCGAGCAGCACAUGAAGAACGACAAGAGGAACAACAAGUAUGAGGGGUGGCCGGAGGCCGUGGAGAUCGAGGGCUGCAUCCCUCACAAGCAGGUGUGAGGCCUGCACCCCUCACUCCUCCCCGGCACCAGCGGCUGGAGGGGGGGUUGUCCCUGGCUCUCGGCCCACCCCUGUCGCACCCCCACUGGAGCCCAGUCUGGUAGUCCGGGUGCCCCGUGCUCCGUCCCACCCCCCCUCCCUCCCCCGUCUUCCCCCCCUCCCUCCCCCGUCUUCCCCCCCUCCCUCCCCCGUCUUCCCCCCCUCCCUCCUCGUCUU